UUCUGUAUCCUGAGCAAUUUCAGACAGAUGGGCCUUGUUUUCCAUCUGUUCUUAACAGUGAUUGCACAUUAAUUUCUUUCUUUCAAAAUACAGACCUGGCUAUGAGUGCCUGUCCUUAGGAAAUAGUGGAAUUCUCACUGGGGUUUCCUCUCAGGUCCAUCUGAAAAGCCAGUGCCAAAACAAUCUGCCACAAAGGCAGCACGCCAUCCCAAACUCAGCACCCCAGUGCCUGAGCACCCCCAUCCAACAGUUCACAGUGCCCCCUGCUUAUCCCUAAAUGAAAUUUGAUAGAUUUAACCUGGGACACCCAAAAUAGUUUGGGAUGUGAUUAUCAGAGAGGCCACUCCCAGUGUGAUACUGCUGAAGAUGGUAGCAAUUGGCUGUCUUAAAGCUCACAGCUCUUUCCUUUAAAAGACGGGGUUGUGGUGGCAGAUGAUUCUCCCUGCAUCGUCCUCAGUCCUGUGGUCUGGUACAGCAAGAGUCUUCUCUUCAGUCUUUAGAGGAGAGGUAUGAAAAUAAAUGUGUUGUGAUUACUCUUUGUUGAGGAGGGGCUUUGUUGGGCAGAGAUAGAUGUAGCUAAAUCUGGUUAAAUGUUGAGAUUUUAUGAUCUGAGCACUAUGCAUAUGUUAAAUACACAUUUCCUUCCAGUGCUUUGUUUUUGUUCUAUACGUGGACUGUGUAUCUUUCACCUUUGGAUUCCACACAUGAAGUGUGUUUCUUUCAUCUCUCAAUAAAAGUCAGUUAAAAUUAAAAAGAAAAUGCUAUCAUACUAAAAGGCAAAGGUGUUCUGUGGGGUUGCUUGAACUCUUAUAAAAAUUUAAGUCAAUGUUAUAAUUUUGCAGUUUGCUUAAAUUGUUAUCAUAACAAAAUAUUUUAGAGGUUUGAAGUGUAUUAUUACUUCUGGUAAUGAAACAGCAAAUAAGCAAAACCAAACAUCUGUUGGACCACAGAGUUGCACAGAGAGUUUCUGGAUAAAACUUAAUGCAUUUAUUAACAUGUGGUCUAGGGAAUAUGAAAACACUGUCUGCUGGCACCAAAUCAUUUUCUUUUGUUGACUGUCAGGAGGGAACAUAAGGCACUUCUCAAAAUUGUGAGUAAGAUCUUAAUAAGUAGCUCCGAAAGUGUGGGUAUCUGUGCCUGUAAUUAAGUGAGCUAAUCAGGUUUUCCAAAGUGCUAAGAUGCAGUGAUGUCUGCUGAAUCACCAAGAGGCACUGAGAGCAUUACAUAUUUUGUGAAAAAAUAGGCUACUUAUUUCGCUAGCUAGAGGUGGGAGGGGAAAUGACAGCCUAAAAAUUCAAUGUCACGUCACUUAUGACAGGGUUUGUCUGGAUGGAUGUAUCGCAAGUGCUUUCCCCAGUCUCUGUGGCAGUGAAUAGGCUGACUUUUCUCCUCUACCCCAUGGAGCUCUAUUUUUGUAACAGUCUGUGCAGAAUGGGUCCUCUCUUCCAUGGUUGCUGAGCUUUCCACUUUCUCCACUCUAGAGGGAAAGCUGCUGUUUAGGGUGGAGGGGAAGGGAGUACAACCACCAAGUGACAUAGCAUGAACUUUGCUAUCAUUAUAAAUAUUUAUUAACAGGUCCUGUAAAAAAUGAGGAAGAUGCUGAAGAUUUGCUGUUCUCUCCUUCUCUUAAGUUUGCUCAGUGGGCAAUUCAAUGCCAACCCUGGACUCAAAGUGAGGAUCACCCAGAAGGGCUUGGAGUAUGCCAAGGAGGUUGGGCUGGAAAUCCUGAAGCAGAACAUGGAAAAGGAGCGUUUCCCUGAUUUGACUGGCCAUGAGAAAUUUGGGCUUGGUAAUGUCAAAUACAACAUCUCUGGAAUACAUGUCACUGCUGUUGAAUUACCCAGUGCUUCCAUCUCCCUUCUACCUGGGUCUGGGAUAAAACUGGUGAUAGGAAAUGCUUCUCUAACCAUCGACAUGAACUGGAACAUAAGGACCUGGAUGUUCAAAGACAGUGGAAGAAGCAUAGUGCACAUUUCAAAGGUGUUUGUCACUGCAAUCUUUUCAACACCCCGGGAUAAUACAAGUCCUACAUCAAUAUCCCUUACCAGCUGCCGGACAACUUCUGGUGACAUAGAUAUCAAGCUGAAUGGAAAAAGCGGCUUCCUGCAUAACUUCUUUAUCAAGUAUCUGAAGAAACCUAUUCACAGGAGCUUGGUCACUAAUUCAUGUCCCAACAUCAGAGCUGGGAUCCAUUUGAUAGAUGAAGACCUCCAAUCGCUGAAUGUUGUAAUGCCAAUUGAUGAUUUGGCUGAAGUAGACUACUCCUUAAGUAGCCUGCCAGCAGUAUUCCAACCAUUCAUUGACCUGGACUUAAAGGGCACAGUCUUCCCAGCUGGAAACUAUACUGGCUCUCCCUAUGUGGUAGCUCCCUUCACUGUCACAGACCAAAGAGACUCCAUGCUCUUCCUGGCCUUCUCUGAGUAUUUUUUUCAGACCUCCUCAUUUGCUUACUACACUGCAGGGGCCUUCAACAUGACCAUUGCAGAGGAGACCUGCAGCUAUUUUAAUAUAAGCACAGAGAUAUUUGGCAGUAUCAUCCCUGAGGUCGCCAAAUACUCAGUUACACCCUAUCCAGUAAUGUUGAAGCUAAUGGCUACUGAAAUACCUGUCAUCAGCUUAGAGCAGGAUUCCUUCACAGUAGAGAUUCAGGGCUCCAUAGAGGUGUUGGCUGUUCUGCCAGACUCAACCACCCAGUCGCUGUUCACAGUGAACGUAGUAGCCAACAGCAGCAUUUCUCUGAAUAUAUUUGAUCAGAAAUUGAUGGGCUCACUAUGUUUGAACAGGCUCCAGUUCUCCCUAGCCCACUCCAAUGUUGGCUUUUUUGAGAUCUCGCUUCUGGAGAACAUCCUGUCUUACAUUUUACAGACUGAAGUAAUUCCAUCAGCUAAUGCCAAACUCUCAAAAGGAUUCCCUCUUCCCAAUCUGGCCAAUGUUACCUUGACGAGACCUCACAUUACAAUUGCACAGGGAUACAUACUGAUUUCAACUGAUGUCCACUACAAACACUAAAGGACAAGAGAGACCAUUUGUUAAGCAUGAACUUCAAAUCAAGUCAAUAAUGUGACUCUGAAGACUAAA